AUUUCAGCCUGGGUAGAAUUUGCAGCACUAUCACUGGUUUUGGUGCUGGUUUUAGCCCUCACCGUGAGGAGCUCACCCCCCAGAAAGGCUGGAGCCUCUGUGAGGCUGAGGGAAGGUUGCCUGAACCAAAAGGAUCCCAAAUUCCCUACAACAGUGAAAGUUGACAUUCGGAUCAGCAACUCAGAUCGCGCCUUUGGGAUGGUCCACGAUGUCAGGAACCGCUCUCUGGCUCCUUGGGAUUACAGGCUGGACGAGGAUCCCAACCGCUUCCCACGGGUGAUUGCCGACGCCCAGUGCCGCCUGUCGGGCUGUGUGAGCCCCCUGGGGCAGGAGGACCACAGCCUCAACUCGGUGCCCAUCAAGCAGGAGAUCCUGGUGCUGCGGCGGGAGCAGCGCGGCUGCGUCCCCUCCUACCGCCUGGAGAAGAGGGUGAUCACCGUGGGCUGCACCUGCGUCACUCCUGUCAUCCAGCACCAGUCCUAGCAGCAGCCAUCAGGGCAGGCAGCACUGGGGAGAGGAAUUAAUUCCCAUAAAAAAUCCCCCUGGUGAAAUCCCUCAGCCGCCCGCCUCGCGUCCCAGGGGUUCCACAUUGUUCCCCUCCCAAAUCGCAGCAAACUGUCUCCUGAAGGUCAUGGCUCUUGCUGCUGUUCAUUUAUGGAUUUUAGGAUGGGAAUUAUAAGUAGCUGGUGAUGGAGGGGAGGAAGACUCCCCCAAGCAGUGAGAGGGGGAAGCAGUGCUUUUUAAAAAUUUAUUUUUCAUUGUGGUUUAUAUCAGUUUGGUGAAUCAAACGAAUUAUAUUUUCCAAAGCUCUCCUUGGCAGCAAAUUGCUCUAAUUGAAUACAUGCCCACCAGCACUGCCACAAAAAAUUCC